AUGCUGCCCAAAUCGGUACUUCCGGUACUGCUGCUGCUAGUCGGUGUGCUGCUGCAGCCGAGCUAUGCUGACCCGUCGCCAGAUUUUGGAAUUAAGGCAACGAUUACCGCCACGACGAAUAUCGUCCGACAGAUCGGCACACUUAACACGGCGUUCGAUAACGUGGACGACAUGAGCUUAACGCUAUCGGCUGGCUACACGGUGCUGGAUGAUAUGAAGGCAGCGAUCAUUUUCAUUGGCAGCAAGGUAACGGCUGCCGGUAAGGUGCUUACCAGCGCACUCACCACACUGGCCGGUGAUCGAUCGAACGAUGUGAACGGUGCCUUUGCACCGGUCUACAAUGCCAUCGGCGCGUUGCGCACCUUGCUGCAGACUGGCUUUACGGCACAGUUUACGACGCUCCAGAGGCAGGGCAUCUUCAUCACGAACCAGCUGACCGAUUCGUUCAAGGCGAUCCUGACCCGGCUGACGCUUAUCAGCGGUGCGCUGGAUCGUUUGAAGGCGGGCGUUACGGCGGCACGGGAUGCACCGGGCAAUCCACCGAACGGCAUAUCCCCGGACAAUCUGAGCCGCUACGUAACGUCCAAGAUGACGUUCGAUCUGCAGGAUGCGCUGUCCCGGCUGACCAGCGAUCUGCCGCUCGUCCAGUUCAUCGUGGAGGAAACGCAACGCAAGCUUAGCAUUGCGGAUCAAUUUUUGGGCGAUAUGCGCAUCGAAGCGGAAACGGUCAUCGGCGAUACGACCAAUGCGGAGCAACGGUUCGAGAGUGACGUGAGCACGGUCAGCACGAGCGUCGUUGCCGCACUGAACGAACGUGUUAAGCCGUCGUACAAUGAGCAGCUGCAAACGAUCGGAACGGUCCAGAGCAAGCUGGAAGCGAUCGGCACGUACACGGACGAUCUGAAACCAGCGCUGGACCGGCUGGCGGAGCUGCUGAACGAGGCCGGCAUUACGGCGCGCACGAUCGAAAUUGAGAAUGCCUUCACGCAGUACAACAACGAUCUGGACGGUACGAUCGCGAGCGUUACGGCGGUGGAGCGGUUUUUCAUCGACGAAUCUUGCAGCGGGCUGGUGAGCGUGAUCGAUGCGCUGGUUGCCAACUCACCGUACUCGAACUUUUGCUUCAGCAAGUUCUCGCCCCGACUGUUUACGCAGUAUGCGCUUUCGUUCUACAUCGUGUCCGAGUGUUACGAUAUCGAGACGGAGCGUAUCUUCAGGCUGCAGGAUCUAAUGUCACUGAUCGUCGGUAUGAUCGUGUACGAUGUGGAGGAUCUGGGCGAUGCCAUCAUCACCUGCGCACUGCUUACGGAUGGUUCGAACUGUGUAACGACGAUCGGUCCGUACUACGAAAAGCUUGCUACCACGGUGGACGAAAAGCAAGCCUACAUGGUCAACUUCAUCCUGUCCGAGACGAAGUUUAGCUUGCAGCGGGUUAGCUCUUGCAUUAACAAGGCCAAGUACUCGACCGUCAUUUCGGUGGUCGCAAUCGUUGAGAAUCUCAAAACAUGUUCGAAGAAUGGACCAUCCAUUGCUUAG